CUCUCUUCCUCUGCAUUUUUCCUAGAAAAUUAGAUUUUUGUCUCGCAUUCCUGUCCAUUUCCUUCAAAUCACACCCACAGUUCGUUUUGGCCCACUAGCGGUUUCAACUUUCGAUCCCCACUUAUUUGCUGCUCUUGGACAAUUUUAAUCUCUUGCGGCAUCUGGGUUUUGUAGGGUUUGUUUGUGUUCCCUUCAGUGUACCUGCGUCUAUCUAUGCUCAUUGAGUCUUUGUCUAUUCAAAAGAAACGCACUCUCUUGCUUCUGUGGGUGCUAAAGGUGGUAGAUCAAGGAGGCUAGCCUAGAUCAACGUAAAGCAACCGAAGCUGUAAAUUAGCCUGCUCAGAUGUGUUUUUCCAAGCCUUGUGUGAAAGGAAUACAUUGUUUUUCUAUUUGGGCGGGAAAACCUUGAUUCUCGUUGCAGAAGAACUUGGAGGACGAGUUGAUCAACUUGCAGCAUUCAGUAUGUCUUUAAAAGCGGAACUGUCUAAGAAGGUUUUGGGUGUGAAAUUAUGGAUUUUAAUUGGGAUCUGUGUAGGCGCGUUUAUAAUAUUGAUUCUUUGUAUAUUAUCCAUAUGGGUGAUGUUUCGGAGAAAAUCUAGAAAAUCUCUGGACAGGUAUUCUUUAUCCCAAAUACCAAAUAUCUCGAAAGAUAUUAAGGUGGACAAAGUUGGGGUGCAGAGUUCUCAUGAUCACCCAGAAAGCGUAUUUAUUCCUGUGAAUGACAAAGCAACUGAUAAGAAUUCAGAUAAGAUGGUUGUCCACUUAGGUAUGAGCAAAGCCAGUGAUCAUGACAAUAUCAGUCAAUGCAGCUCAAUUUAUCAUCAUGAGAGAGGAUUUAGUUCCCUGUCAGGAGAAGAAGGAAGCUCUGGGACUGGAAAGAAGCAAUCUGCAUUAUCAUAUGGAGGGCUUGUGACUGCAUCUCCUUUAGUUGGCUUGCCAGAAGUUUCUCAUCUUGGAUGGGGCCAUUGGUUUACACUUAGGGAUCUGGAGCUAGCAACAAAUCGUUUCUCAGCUGAAAAUGUGCUAGGUGAGGGUGGAUAUGGUGUUGUUUACAAGGGCAGACUGAUCAAUGGAACUGAGGUGGCGGUGAAGAAAAUUCUUAAUAACUUGGGACAAGCGGAGAAAGAAUUCAGGGUAGAAGUGGAAGCUAUAGGCCAUGUACGACAUAAAAAUCUUGUACGCUUGCUUGGAUACUGCAUUGAAGGAGUGCACAGGCUUUUGGUUUAUGAAUAUGUAAAUAACGGCAACUUAGAACAAUGGUUACAUGGGGCUUUGCGCCAACAUGGAAUUCUUACAUGGGAGGCCCGCAUGAAAGUUGUACUUGGCACUGCCAAAGCGCUUGCUUACUUGCAUGAAGCAAUUGAACCAAAAGUGGUUCACCGUGAUAUCAAGUCUAGCAACAUAUUAAUUGAUGAUGAGUUUAAUGCAAAAGUUUCUGACUUUGGAUUGGCCAAACUUUUGGAUUCAGGAGAAAGCCACAUAACUACUAGAGUAAUGGGAACAUUUGGUUAUGUGGCACCAGAGUAUGCUAAUACUGGUUUAUUAAAUGAGAAGAGUGACAUUUACAGCUUUGGUGUCCUCCUCUUGGAAGCAGUCACUGGAAGGGACCCUGUAGACUAUGGGCGACCUGCAAAUGAGGUUAAUCUUGUUGAAUGGCUCAAGAUGAUGGUGGGGACAAGAAGAGCUGACGAGGUUAUUGAUCCAAGCCUUGAAGUUAAGCCACCAACACGAGCUUUAAAGCGUGCCCUUCUGGUUGCACUUAGGUGUGUUGAUCCUGAUGCAGACAAGAGACCCAAAAUGAGUCAGGUUGUGAGGAUGCUUGAAGCUGAUGAAUAUCCCUUCCGAGAGGACCGAAGGAAUCGAAAGAGCCGCUCUACUAGCAUGGAAAUUGAUUCCAUGAAGGAUAUUUCUGGUUCAUCUGAAGCAGAAAAGAAGGCAGGAGAGGCCGAGAACCAAGCACCAGAUACAACUGAGGGGUAGGAAUAGUGACAACCAUAUGACUUGCCUUUGCACCCAAAAACGAGUAAUUAUUCAAUAUUAUAUAUCUACCAAGUUUGUCCCUUCAAAAUUGUUCCUUUUUCCUCCCUGAACCUGAGAAGAAUCAGAUUAGAGAACGCCUCUAUAUAAUGAAGAGUUUUUUCAUUCAAUGUGGCCAUUCAAGGAUAUGCGAUAUACCAUAACCACAGGGUAGAAUGAGGAGUGAGAGAGAGUGUUUAUGUUGUACAGGUGUCUGUCUGCUGGGACCAUCUUCUUACAUGUUUGUUAAUUUUUUUCCUUUUCCCUUUUACCCCUUUCUGACUAUACCUGAGUACUUGAGCAGAGUGGAGAAAGAAGACUCUUGUUUGCCCUCAUCUUUUCUUGCUAUUUUGCUCAGUUUGUGUUUAUGAUUGUGUCUACUCUUCUAAGAUAUCAAUCCAAUCGUUGGCUUUUAUGUAACUAUAAUGUUUGAA